GAAUUAUCAAGUCAAGGUCUUCCAAUAGCUGAAAGGGUGACUGAUUCUUUCCACUGCUUUCCUCCGAAUGACUCUUGGAGCAUCCAUCCUUUCCAAGCGCCUCGAGGUUGUCAUCUCUGUUCCCUCCCUACCUCUCUCGUUGUUCAUUCGCAUCCAAAGGCCCAUAGAAUCGACGACUGUCGCUAUCUUUUCUUCAUCAUCCUUCUUCCUCCUCAUUCGUUCCAUUCUCGCUCUUCUCCAUCUCCUUCAACCUCUCCUCAUCCACAGCAUUCUCCCCCUCCCACCUAGCAAUAGUGUCCAUGACACUCUGCACCCUAAUCCUCAGAUUCAUCAUCAAGUGCAUCUGGAACACGCUUCCCUUGCGCAGACCUCUGCCUUCUUCUUCAUGCUUGAGCUGGUUGCGGAUGUAAGGUGUGAUGUGUUCUUGGAUACUCUCGAUGUAUUCGGCGUAGAGGGUCUUGUAGAACUCGAUGUUUUGGUUGCGGUGGAGGAUUGUGUUUUUGAGGGUGGUGAGUUCGUUGUUGGGGGGUUCUUCGGUGGGCUUGACCUUGGACUUUCCGAUGGCGCAUGUGCAGGCGAUGGGCUUUUUGCCCUCGGGGCAGUUGUGGUCUUUGGGUCUGGAAGGUAGGUCAGUGAUGUAUGUUGGGUAUGAGGCUCGAUGUGUUACCUAGAGUAAGGCAUGAUUGUGAU